UAAAUGAUCAUUAUACAUCGCCCACAUGCGCUGGAUCAAUCGUCGGCUUGGGGAAAGGAAUCAGAAGGUGGUGGACGUGUUGAGCGCAAAACCCUUCCUGGCUGGAGGAAGAUGGCGCAGCCGUUCAAUUGGAAGUAGUGGCGAGAGGAGUGAAACUUCAUCGGGGCUCGUUGGAUUUACUAGACAUCUCGACCCUGAUCGAAGGACACAUGCAGGCCAAAAAACGGUACUUAAUUCUGUCCUCCGCCGGUGCGUGUCUCAUUCUGUUGUUGUACUGUGGAGGGAUGCAAACCCCGCUAUCCAGAAGCAACAACCGGCGUGAUGACCGCAGCAUCGAUGGACACCACGGGAGUCCCCAGUGGCACCACUUCUCUGGGUCCCUGCAGCCGUUCAGCCCCUGGGACCAAAUGGAGACCGAGGAGUACAAUGUUCACAUAUCGCCACGACAGAAGAGGGAUGUCAUUUCGGGAGUUUAUAACGGGAAACGUUGCCGGAUGGACUUCUGCUUUGAUUUUUCCUUGUGCAAAACCAACGGAUUUAAAGUUUACGUUUACCCGCAACAGAAAGGAGAGAAGAUGUCCGAGAGUUAUCAGAAUAUUUUAUCUUCCAUUGAAGCUUCCAGGUUCUAUACGUCUGACCCGGGACAGGCUUGUCUGUUUGUCCUGAGUUUGGACACUCUAGACAGGGACAUUCUGUCUCCGCAGUAUGUUCACAACCUCAGAACUAAAGUCCAGAACUUGCAUCUGUGGAAUAACGGAAAGAAUCACCUCAUCUUCAACCUCUAUUCGGGAACUUGGCCCGACUACACGGAAGAUCUGGGCUUCGACUUUGGACAGGCCAUGCUAGCCAAGGCAAGCAUAGGCACAGAGAACUUCAGACCCAAUUUCGAUGUCUCCAUCCCUCUUUUUGGGAAAGACCACCCCAGCGCCGGAGGGGAGAGGGGCUAUUUAAAAUACAACUCUAUCCCACCGUACAGGAAAUACAUGCUUGUGUUCAAAGGGAAACGAUACCUCACUGGAAUCGGAUCAGACACGAGGAAUGCAUUAUAUCACGUCCAUAACUCUGAGGACGUGGUGCUGCUCACCACAUGUAAACACGGGAGAGACUGGCAGAAGCACAAGGAUGCCCGCUGUGACCUCGACAACGCCGAAUAUGACCAGUAAGUACAUGACCAUUGUCAUGGUCCUGUAUAGAGAGAGGUCUGUUGUCGUUUUUAGAUUUUUUCAGUUACUUGUGAGGGUGGCAGUGUGACAUCACUCACCAGCCUUGAUGUGUGGCUGGCUUGGGACACAUCAAUGGAUCAGUGUUGUCUGAGGUUGUUCGGACCCAAGGGAAUUCAUUAACUCAGUCGAUAUAUUGAAACAAACCUCAUUAAUAGAAUGGAAUAACAGUGGUACU